ACGACAUUUCCGGGGAUGAUGGCACAAUGGUAGUUUGAACUUUGAGCCGCAAUUCACUUUAUACGUCAUCCCCGCAUUCCGACAUGGUGUUUCAAAUCAGUUCCAUCAUUCCAAUAUGUCCGGCUAUGUUGCCAACAGCUUGUGCCGUUGACGUCGCGAUGCGAACCACGAACUUGACCUCGACCGACCCCGACCCAACGACCGAGAAUCCCGAGGAGGGGUUGUCUGUCUCAUUCUCCGCCAAUGCACCAAUGCGGGCUUCCUUGCACAAAGGUGCAGCAGCGCCAUGCAAAACUCUCCCACCAAGAAGUUCCCCCGGGGCCCGACGUCGCUCCUUGCCAGAAGCUCAUUCUUCCGCCCCUCAUCAGCCAGCUCCCGCGGGACCCCGACUCGUGAAUUGUAGUCACACGAUAACCUGCCACAAUCAACCAGUCUAGUGUCUACUCGACGGUCUAGGCCUCUCGGCCUAUCAGCCAUUCAAGCCCCGUCCCAGCGAGCGUCCAUCACUCGCUACAAACAAUCGAGCGGAAACAUGUCGGCCUUGAUGUGUUGAACGUCAACCAUCCCAGCGGCAUUGGCACGAAUCUGCAUCGCAUCCCUGUCAGAUGAAGAGAAAAG